CCGGAAAAACAACCGGCGAAGAAGAGACGCAUUGAGUCGCAUGUGCGUGUGAAUGAAAAUGGGCAAAAGGAGGCGAAAAAAUCCGAAUUUUGAGAAUUUAAGUCAAAAACAGAAAAAACACCUGAAAGAAUUCGGAGAACGACAUCCGUUUGAUGAUCAAGUCACUGAAAGAGGUGAAAACACACAGAUUGUCCGCUUGGAAGAGAAGUGCACCUCCUCAGUCUCUGAGAGUGAUGGAGAAGAGGAGGAGGAGAAACCCAGUGCGUAUGACAAGCUGCUGUUGAGUAUAAACCCCACUGUUGGUGAGGAAGAUGUCACUGAGGAAGAGGAGAGCGAGGAGGAAGACGGUGAUGAUGCUGCAGAGGAUCUCGAGAAAGCUUAUGAAGUGGAAGAUGAAGACACAGAGGAACAUGGAGAUGACGGUGAUGACGGUGAUGAAGAAGCUGUAGGCUUGUCUGAGGAAGAGGACGCUGUAGGAGGGAAGCAGGAGGUGCAGGACGGCGAGUUCACUGAUGAAACACGUGAAGCUGAGUUCAGUUUGGAGUCGAAUCUGCCUGCAGACGGAGAGCAGGAGAAACACCACAAGGCACAAGAAGAUGUGUAUGUGGAGCAUCAGGAAACAGAGCUGAGUGAAAUCGAGGUGAACAGAAUCUCAAACGGCUCCAAACUCAGGACCCAGAUUAAGUGGUCCAGGCUCGGUGUCCUGCACUGCUCGUGUCCCCUCGAGCGUUUUCCCGCCGUGGCCCCGUCCUCGUCCGUCUCCCUCCCGCCGUUCCAUAAAACUCUGGAGCCGAAGGUUCGAUCUCUCGGGGGUUCAGGACUCAGCGCCCUGCAGGACGAGCUGCUGAGGCUCAUGGGUUCCUACAGGGAUGUUUAUUACCCAGAAUGCUCUGUGCUGAGCGGUGUAGCGGAGACUAGACAGGUCUACUGUCUCCACGCUCUCAACCACGUCCUGAAGGCCAACUCCAGAGUUCUUACCCAUAAUGCCGUGCUGAAGCAGGCGAAGGCUGUGGAUGAGGAUGAGUUUAGGGACCAAGGCCUCACCAGACCCAAAGUUCUAAUCAUGGUUCCGUUUCGUGACGGAGCGCUUCGCAUCAUCCAGACCUUCAUCUCCCUGCUGGAGAGCGACGGCAAAAAGAUGGACGUUAGCAACAAGAAGAGGUUUAAAGACGAGUACGGAGAGGAGCCCAACUCUAAACCUGCUGGUCUGCACCGACCAGACGACCAUCACGCCAUCUUCUCUGGGAACGUGGACGACCACUUCAGGAUCGGCGUGUCCAUCCUGAAGCGCAGCAUGCGUCUAUACUCCCCGUUCUACUCCUCUGACAUCAUCAUCGCGUCUCCUCUGGGGCUCAGGACGCUGAUUGGGGUGGAAGGAGAAGCUCAGCGUGACUUUGACUUCUUGUCGUCUGUGGAGCUGCUGGUUCUCGAGCAGAGCGACGUGUUCCUCAUGCAGAACUGGGAGCACGUGCUGCAUGUGAUGAAGCACAUGAACCUUCAGCCACUGGAUUCUCACGGUGUGGAUUUUUCCCGUGUGCGAAUGUGGAACCUGAACAACUGGGCCAGGUUUUACAGACAGACGCUGGUGUUCAGCUCCAUCCAGGAACCACAGAUCAACAACAUCAUCACCAAACACUGUCACAACUACAGAGGACAGGUUUCCAUUAAAAAUCUUCCUAAAACAGGCUCCAUCUCCCAGGUGCUGGUGCAGCUGCCACACGUCUUCCAGAUGUUUCACACAGACAGUUUCAUGGACCAGGACGAAAGAUUCCGGUUCUUUGUGAAUAAGGUUCUCCCGCAGUACCGAGACUCCGUGAUGUCACACACACUCAUCUACGUGCCGUCGUAUUUCGAUUUUGUGCGUGUGAGGAACUUCCUGAAGAAGGAGGACGUGAGCUUCUGUGUGAUCAGCGAGUACUCGGAGAGAUCAGAGGUUUCACGAGCUCGCCACUUCUUCAGCAAAGGAGAGAAACAGUUCCUGCUCUUCUCCGAGAGGUUCCACUUUUACAAGAGGUCCACCAUCAGAGGAAUACAGAACAUUAUUUUCUACGCUCUGCCCACGUACGCUCACUUCUACAGUGAGGUGUGUAACAUGCUGCAGGUCGGCGGCUCUGACGGUUCUGCCAGCUUCACCUGCACAGCUCUGUACUCUCGCUACGACGCUCACAGACUGGCAGCCAUCGGCGGGGCCGAGCGAGCCUCCAGCAUGAUCCGGUCUAACAAGUCUGUCCAUCUCUUCAUCACGGGGGAGGAAGUGCGUGUGUGACUGAGGGUCGGAGUCUGUACGGCUUCUACAUUAUAGUGAACUCCUCACACUGUUCACUAUAAACAGUUUAAUAAAGAUGAAUCGUGUC